UGACGAUUAGGGUUGUAGUAGCAGCACUCAAUCGCGCCGUGCUAUAAACGCUAGUAAAUGCUUUGGAUGGCAGUUGUCUAUAAUACCUGGAACAUAACGGUGGCACGCUUGGGUAAUAAAUUUUCGCAGACACGUCACUACAACAGGUGAUAACAAUGUCGCCCAUAACACGUAUCUUGAUCCUUGCGCUCGCCAUGGCUGGCGGAAUGCUCUACAAGAAAAUCUCCGACACAAUGGGUGAUGUGGAGGCACCCCAACUGCCGCUGAAUCAAUGGUGGGGCGAUGAAGAAGAACCCAAAGACUGGCAGGCCUAUUUGGCCAAUUCAUCGGAAGUAAUUGGCAAUCGUUUAAUGUAUUCCGAUACGACACUGGACGAUUUGAAAUCACUACUUAACAGAACUUUGCAUUUAACUGAACCUCUGGAAGAUGUUAACUUCGAAUACGGUUUCAAUUCCAAGUUCUUGCAAGAAUUGGUUGAGUAUUGGCGCGAUGACUAUAUGCCGCGUUGGCGUGAACGUGAAGUUUUCCUAUGGCAGUUCAAUCACUUUACCACCGAUAUUCAAGGCCUACGUAUGCACUUCCUCCAUUUGAUGGUCUAUGAUGAAUACACCGUCGAUAGACACCAUUAUCCAGUUCUCCUGCUUCAUGGCUGGCCCAGCUCAGUUCGGGAGUUUUAUAGUCUAAUCCAUAAAUUGCAUCAAACGAAAAAGGACAAAAACAACAAAUAUAUCUUCAAUGUCAUUGUGCCAAGUUUGCCAGGAUUUGCUUGGUCACAGGGCACAUCGAAACGUGGUCUUGGUCCAGCUCAAAUCGCUGUAAUGAUGAGAAAUCUGAUGUUACGUUUGGGUUAUAAAAAAUUCUUUAUUCAAGGCGGUGAUUGGGGUUCUAUUAUUGGCUCACACAUUGCCACACUGUUUCCGGAGAAUGUGCUUGGCUACCACUCGAAUAUGUGCACUGUUUCAAGUCCCAAAUCAAUGGUAAAAGGUUUGAUAGCUGGCACUUUCCCUGGACUCUUUGCACCAAAGGGCUACGAAGACUUCUUUUCGCCAGUAUCAGAAAAAAUACAAUAUCUCUUGGAAGAAACUGGUUAUGCCCAUUUACAGUCCACCAAACCCGAUACAUUGGGAAGUGCUUUGCAUGACAAUCCAAUCGGCUUGGCAGCCUAUAUACUGGAAAAAUUCUCAACGUGGACAAAUGCCACCUAUCGUCAUCUGCCCGAUGGUGGUCUCAAGAAACGUUAUAAAUUAGACGCUCUGCUGGAUAAUGUCAUGAUUUAUUAUCUAACAAAUUCCAUUACCACAUCGGUGCGUAUUUACAAAGAGGCAGUGUCCGAGGAACAACGUGCUUUGAAAUUGGAUCGCGUUCCUACGAAUGUACCCACUGGCUGUGCCCGCUUUCAGAAUGAAAUGAUGCAUUUCUUGGAUCUUCAAUUGAAGGAUAAGUACAAAAAUCUGAUACACAGCACCUACUACAAGGAGGGUGGCCACUUUGCGGCCAUGGAGGUUUCAAAUGUGUUAUAUCUAGAUUUUAUUGAAUUUGUUAAGAAAGUGGAGAAGGUGAAGAAAAUUACUGGCUACAAGAGAGAACUGUAAAUAAGACGAUAGUUUUCAAGUCUUAUUUCUUAUUUUUAAAGAUUUUUCAAAAAAAAUAAAAAAAUAUUUUA